AUGGCAGAAGAAUAUCAAAGCCCUUUUGAAGCCUCUAACAUCUCUGUCGCCUCAGAUGGCACUCCACCACCAAAAAAAGAUAGCCCUCCUCCUCUCCCUCCUCCUGAUCUUCCUGACCAAAAAAAGAAGAUGAAAAUGAAAGAAAAAGUCAUUAUUGAUGAUUCUGAUGAUGAACAACCCAAGCCUAAACAGCCAUCCCCGGCAGUCGGAUCAUCCUUAUCACCGACACAAAAUUCUCGUCACUUGCUUGAUCCGAAGCUUUCCAACAAUGACCCUGGUCAUGUGUCAGGGGCGUUGUCCUCGAAGGAACUCGUUCUGUUCAACCCUCUGAACCAGGGUUCAUCAUCGAACCUGGGGGGAUUAGGAUUAUUAUCUCAACGCAACGAGCGAAGAGACGAGAACCCGUGUGGUGAUGAUGGGAAAAAACCCCAAAGUAGGGUUUUUACAUGCAACUUUUGCAAGAGAGAUUUCUCUACUUCCCAAGCAUUGGGAGGGCAUCAAAACGCUCACAAACAAGAGCGUGCCUUGGCCAAAAGGCGUCAAGGAGGACUAGGAAUGGACCAUAAUUUAUUCGGACAUUCCCAUCCUUAUUAUAGCCCAUAUUCAAGUAUCACUCAACACCCUCUCUAUGGAUCUUAUGGUAGAUCUCUUGGGAUUAGGAUGGACUCCAUGAUUCACAAGCCUUCUUAUCCAUGGUCCUCCUCGACCUCCGGUUUCGGGCGCUUUGGCCAUGGUGUUGGUUCUGGGGGUUGGUCAUCAUCAAGGCCAGGGGGCCUCAUGAAUAAUUUUCAAUCCUCCAUUGAUAGGCUCAACCUUGAUGGCCUUCAUGCUAAUACUACUUCCAGUGGAACAUUAGGCCUUCCAGGAACUAUCAGUGCUUCAAGGUUUGAUCAGGAAAUUGGUUCUGCUCGCAACUUUGGUGGUUCAAACUUUGGAAUCAACAGGCCAAUCAUUGGUGGUGAUGUUCUUGGCGGUGAGCCUCCAAAACUCGAUACGGAUACUUCUGGACUUGAUUUGUCUCUUAAGCUUUAA